CUCAUUACUUAACCGCAAUUAUUCCUCUUUCAAAUUCAGUCUGACUUCAAAUUCUGCUUUUCUAUCGUAACAAACAAACGGGCAGAAACGGACCCACAAUGGCAAACCAAAUCCAUUCCCCGGAGAAUCAUUGUGAUCUAUCUCUUAGCAAACCAAAAAAACACCUUGAUUUGCGUGCUCAUUCACCUAUAUAAAAAAAAAAACCCACCUUCUCUUUUGUCGAAACUACGCAAAUCCAAUGGAGAAAUCUGGGUAUGGACGUGACGGUAUUUUCCGGUCUCUUAGACCUCCUCUCGUCCUUCCCAAAGACCCCAAUCUCUCUGCGGUCUCCUUCCUCUUCAGAAACUCUUCUUCUUACCCAAACAAACCCGCACUCAUCGACGCCGAUUCCGGCGAAAUCCUCUCUUUCUCUCAGCUCAAAUCCACCGUUGCCAAGGUUUCCCAUGGUUUUCUCCAUCUGGGUAUCAAGAAAAACGACGUCGUUCUCAUCUUCGCCCCCAAUUCCAUCCACUUCCCGGUUUGCUUCCUCGGCAUCAUUGCCAUAGGCGCGAUCGCGACCACUUCGAACCCUCUCUACACAGUCUCCGAACUCUCCAAACAAGUCAAAGAUUCCAAUCCCAAACUGAUUAUAACAGUUCCCGAAUUGUGGGAGAAAGUAAAGGGCUUUAAUCUCCCGACAGUCAUGUUAUCUGCCGAACACAAAUCAGUCCCGAAAAAGGUUUUGACUUUCAAUGGUUUGGUCAACUUAUCCGGGUCGGCUUCGGAUUUUCCAUCGGUCAACGUUAAGCGAAGUGACACGGCUGUGCUUUUAUACUCCUCCGGGACGACGGGGACGAGCAAAGGAGUGGUUUUGACUCAUGGAAAUUUCAUAGCUGCUUCUUUAAUGGUUGCCAUGGACCAAGAAAUCGCGAAAGAGAUGCACAAUGUGUUCCUCUGCGUUUUGCCGAUGUUUCAUGUUUUCGGGCUGGCAGUGAUCACGUACUCGCAGUUGCAGAGGGGAAACGCCGUCGUUUCGAUGGCGAAAUUCGAUCUAGAGAAGAUUCUGAUGACGGUGGAGAGGUAUAAGAUCACCCACUUUUGGGUUGUGCCUCCAAUUGUGCUUGCUCUGGCAAAGAAUAGUGUUGUAAAGAAGUACAAUCUUUCUUCUUUGAAGCAUAUUGGCUCUGGGGCUGCACCUUUGGGCAAAGAGUUGAUGGAGGAAUGUGCUAAGAUUAUUCCUCAGGGUGUUGUUAUUCAGGGGUAUGGUAUGACAGAAACCUGUGGGAUUGUUUCAGUGGAGGAUACAAGAGGAGGUAAACGAAAUACUGGUUCAGCUGGAACACUUGUUUCAGGAGUUGAAGCUCAGAUAGUUGGUGUAGACACUUUGAAGCCUCUCCCUCCAAAUCAGUUAGGGGAGAUAUGGGUGAGAGGACCUAAUAUGAUGCAAGGUUACUUAAACAAUCCGCAGGCGACAAAGUCGACUAUGGACAAGAAAGGUUGGGUGCAUACAGGUGAUCUUGGAUACUUUGAUGAAGAUGGACAUCUUUUUGUUGUUGACCGUAUAAAAGAGCUCAUCAAGUAUAAAGGUUUUCAGGUUGCUCCAGCUGAGCUCGAAGGACUACUCGUUUCUCACCCCGAGAUAUUAGAUGCCGUUGUCAUCCCAUUUCCUGAUGCUGAAGCAGGCGAGGUCCCCGUUGCAUAUGUCGUUCGCUCUCCCAACAGCUCAUUGACUGAAGAGGAUGUGCAGAAAUUUAUAGCUAAUCAGGUUGCACCUUUCAAAAGAUUGCGGAAAGUAACUUUCAUAAACAGCGUCCCCAAAUCUGCUUCAGGAAAAAUCCUCAGAAGAGAGCUCAUUGAGAAAGUGCGCUCAAAAAUAUGAUGUGAUAACACAAUUUGCAGUGUUAUUGGUUCCGGUAUUCUGAAGUUGGAGGCCUCUUUGCAAUAUGUCCUGCUUUGUCACCUGCAGAAGUUGGAAGAUUAAGAUUGUUUCCACACAUAAUGAUUAUAGAUUAAAAAUGUAGAACCAUCUCAAAUGAGUAUGGAGUAUAAGCACUUUUGUCAUAAUUGGGGAGUAUAUUAUUGCUCUGGAAUAAGAUCUUUCGCCUAUAACAUUUAUACGAGCCAUCCAAAUCAAUUUUACGAAUAAAAAAAAAAAAGGAGG